AGCAGAAAUUCUACGGAAAAUUCAAUGAAAAAUGCAAAAAGAAAAGCGAGAUAAAAACAAAAACGCGGACAAAACGGAAAACGCGUCGCGCAAAUCAGACAGUUCGCAAAAUUUGUCGGGCAGUGAUAGCAAUAUUAGCGUAAAAGAGGAAAUUUCCGACGCUAACAAACAAGAUGGCACAUCGAGCAUCAAGAAGGAACCGGAAGACCGAAAAUCCACGACUCCCGUAAAAAUGGAGCCAAAUAGCGCGAGUGCGGCAGAUAAAAAGGAAACAAUGGAGCCUGCCAUCAAGAGUGAAGUGAAACAAGAGGACAUGACGCCGCCAAAUUCGGGAAAUCCGACGAUGAUAAAGGAAGAAUCGAGCACAGAAACGUCCCAAUCCGAUCCCGGAAGCAAUUUCGGACAAGCUAAUAGUGCAAAUAAUGGCAGCGGGACUCCACAAAAUCAACAGCAACAACCCGGGCAGGCGGGAAAUGCGCAAAAUUCGAAUAGUAAACAAUGUAACAAUGCAGAGUACAUGCAACAACAAAGUCAAAUUUUCGUUUUUUCGACAAUGUUGGCGAAUAAAGGAGCCGAAGCGGUACUCCAUGGACAAUUUCAGUCGAUUAUUGCGUAUCAUUGUGCACAACCGGGAACAAAAAAGUUCUUAGAAAAACAUCCGCUAAAGUUGGCUCAGUUCAAUCGUCAGAACCCGAAUCAGUUCAUGGCGAACAUGUCGGCGGCGAAACAGAAGCAAAUGAUGCGCGGAAACGGGAAUUUAAUGAUGAUGAAUCCGGGCGGGCAAGGCGUAAACAAUAAUAAUAUGACAGGCUUCAAGCCAAAUAGCAACAUGAACAUAUCAGCAAGCAACAAUCAAAUGCAGCAAUCACAAAUGGGAAAUCCGCAGAUGCAAAAUCCGCAGCAACAGCAAAAUAAUUCGUCCUUUUUAACGCCGAGCAUGGAUGAUAUCUUAAGUGGGGCCGGAGAUGCCGAUAUCGGGGCAUGGGAUCAAAGUUUAGAUAGUCUCGCGCAAAAUGGCGACACGGCAAAUCUCUUGGGCGACAGCACAAAUCUCGAUCCGGAUCAUUUUUUAGGCGGCGCGAACGAUAAUCACGCUCCCGGUCCCGACGGAAUGCCUCCGAUGAGCCCGAAUUUCAUUGGAGGUCCGCAAAAUAGCACCGUUGGCUUGCAAGGCGUGAAAAUUCCCGACGAAAAUUUGACGCCGCAACAAAGGGCGCAUCGCGAAGAACAACUUGCCAAGGUAAGGGCAAUGCAAAAAAUGUUUUUCGGCGGCCCAGAGCACGGAGGACAAAUGGGCGGAGGUCCUGAUUGUCUGCAGCAGCAGCAAAUGAAUCAAAUGGGCGGCGCACCGGGACCUGGAGGACCUCCCGAUAGUUGUAUGAAGAUGGGCGGCAUGCAAGGCGGUAUGAUGGGAAAUCCAAUGAUGAAUCCGAAUAUGCAAAAUUGUCCGACGGGACCGCCGAUGGGUCAAAUUCGCGGCAUGAAUCCGAUGUUUAGACAGCAGCAACAACAACAAAUGGGCAGCAAUAUGAUGGGAGGACCGAAUAUGAUGGGCGGCGAUGGUAUGAUGGGCGACAUGAAUUGCGGCGGCAUGGGAAAUAUGGAUAAUGCGGGCAUGAUGGGAGGUCAUAUGUCGGGCGGUUCAAUGGUAAUGGGUAUGAAUAAACCGCCGAAUAUGCCGCCAAAUAUGCAAGGCCCGCAAGGGAUGCAAGCACAGAUGGAAUGGAAUAAAAUGCAACAACAACAACAGCAGCAGCAGCAGCAAAAUCCCGGAGGUCAACCGCCGCCCGGAGGUUUCAAUAAGAAAAUGGGAGGACCUCCGCCUCCGUAUCAGGGCAGAUCGUCGUCUGUGCCGCUCACGGGAAAUCUCCAAAGUCCCAAUCCGGGCAGUCCCAGCAAUCCGUUAUCAUUGCCAGCGGCAUCUCCGCGAAAUUUACCACAUCAGUCCCCGUCGCAUGGAUCUCCAGCUGUUCAUCGCAUGAAUCAGAGCAAUCCGAGUACGCCGUUAUCGGGAUCAGCACACAUGUCGCCGGCGCCUGCGAGUAUGAAAGAUACAUCGGAUAGCGGUACAACAGUCAACAAUGAAGGUAAGGAACCAAAUCUUAUGCCUGUUCCAUCGCCCCAACAAAUACAGUAUUUAAAUACAUUUGAAGGACAAGAACUGACGAUACAAAAGCAGCCAAACACAGGAGUCAAGGAGAGUCCAUCAAGUGACAAGAAAAAUUCCGGGGCAACAACUCCGAGUUAUCCCACCACACCCGGCGCGAAUCCAGGUUCAAAUCAAAAUGCUUCCGGACAACCAAACUUUCCAAUACCGUCGAGUCCUGCAUCGGGAGGCGUUCAAACGCCCAAUUCAGGAAAUAAUAACGAUAAAAAUCCAAACAAAGUCAACUCAAGUCCAAUGAGACAGGUUUCAGAUGGAAAUAAUAGCGGGCAAAAUACGCCUCAACAUCCGGGAGGAGAUCCCUUUGCCACAAAUAGUCCGUCGCAGUGUCAAGGUCCAAGCAGCAAUAAUCCCGGAAAUCCAAAUUGUCCUCCAACAUCCCAAUUUCCGGGAACACGAGCUGACAACGUGCCUCUAAAUCCAAGUCAACCUCCAACGAAAAUUGCGCCAUUCGAUCCAUUAGGAGCUCUUGCGGGAAUGACAGGAUCAAUAGGAAUGAAUGCAAAUCCCGCAAUGAUGGGAGGUCCUCCGGGCGGUUUUAAUCCCGCAAUGGGAGGUCCUGAUGGCAUGGGAGGAAUGGAAGGCAUGGGACCUGGAAUGGGCAUGGGACCCAUGGAUGGCAUGAAUCCGAUGAAUAAUCAGUUCAAUAAUAUGGGCCCAAUGAUGGGAGGUCCUCCGAGACCUGGAUUUCCGGGAGGCAUGAAUCCGGGCAUGGCACGAAUGAUGGGAAGACCUCCGAUGGGUGCUGGCAUGUACAACGGGAAUCCAAAUGUGCAAGUGAAACAAACAGCGCCGAAUACAAUUCAGUAUCUGCCAUCGAGACCUCAAAUGGGCGCCCAAAACCCUCGAGGUCCCCCAAAUUUAGAAUUCCUUCAACGCUAUGGCGGUCCCAUGAACAACAUGAACAGCAUGGAUAUGCCGCCGCAACGAAUGCCCGGCGGAAUGUACGGACCUGGCGGCAAUAUGGAUAGCAUAGGAGGCCCAAAUGGCGAUCCAAUGAGCGGCGCAAUGGAUCCCAGCGGAAUGCCUCCCGGCAUGAAUCCGAACCCGAUGAUGAUGAAUCAACCGGGCAUGAUGCGUGGCAUGCGUCCUCGAAUGCCAAUGGGCAACGGACCGCCAUUUCCGAACUCAAAUAUGCCUUUUGGGCCCGGCGGAAAGGGACCUGGCGAUCCAACGCAACCCUUGCCGCCCUCGAUGCAAGGCAUGAAUCCCGGCGGAAUGCCGCCCAAUUUCAAAGGCGGAUAUCCCGGAGGCGGCGGAAAUCCCGCAGGAGGACCCGGCAACGGACCCCCGAACACCAACGAUCCGAAUUACGCUCAACAGUAUCACAAUUUCCAGCAGCAACUGUACGCGACGAACACACGAGGCCAAUUAAGUCAACAAUCGUUCUUCGCACCCAAGUAACUACUGCCUAAUUUUAACGACGACUACAAUUAUUGUGAUCAGUUAGCAAAUUUGGAGACAACUCAAAAUUUUUAUUCGUAAUGCGUUCCUGGGACGACGGAACAUUUUAAGAAACAAACUUCUACUUAGCAAUAAAAGAACGUUUUAGUGCCUGUUUAAAAAAUAUAAAAUUAAAUUAAAUCUGUUCAUUUUAAUUUUCAAAUACAUUUAAAAGUAACGUAAAUUUAAAAAAACUUCAAAUUUAAGGGGCGAACUUUUUCACCGCAGCACACACACUCACUAAUCAAAGGUAUUUUUUACUGUUUUUUGGAUACAAAAAUCUAUUCCCGUGACAAAACUAGAGAAAGAAAGCAAAUUAGAGAAUAUAUUUUAUUAUAUAUUGAAAAAAAAAGUGAAAAAAAAUAUCGAAACCGAAAAACGAAAGAAACAAAAGCAAUGCAAAAAUGUUGUAGUAGUUAAAAGCAGUUUUUUAUUAAAUUUUAGAAGAAAAUCUUUAAAAAGAGAAAUUUAAACUUAAGAAAUUGGUUAGUAGUGAUGAUGACGAUGAUGCAAAGCGUAGCCCUCUCAUACUCAAAUUGCUUUGAUAUCUGUGUAAAAUUGUAUAAAUUAUUAAAUAUAAUGAUUAAAAUAUAUAUAA